UACUUGUGGACGGCAAUGCGGCGAUAGGGAAGGAGGAGUGGACGGCGGUGACUAAACUUCGAGGGUUGGCAGUUGGUUGGAAAGGGAAGGGGAAGGAAAGUAGGUGAUUUUCCUUUUAAUUUUUCACUUUACUUUAAAUUUUUAGUAUUUUUAUUAUUUAUUUUUAUUUUUCCUUUUAUUUUUUAAGAGUUAACCUACAAUUACAAGUUAAUAAUUGAGCAACAACAUUCUUGGUUAAGUGAUUCAAAAGUUGAGAUUAUUUAUAAUUAAUCAAUACGUGGAAUUACUGUAGGAAAAUGAGGAAAAAAGUUGAAUUAUUGUCGGUAAUUUUCCUUAUUUAAAUGGUUAAUUUUUGAAAAACCAUCUAAAUUUGGAUUUUUUUUAUUUUCUGACUAAAUUUAAGCAAUGAUAAAGUUGCCAGUGUGGUCAAAUAAUGUUAACUUUCCUCCACAAGACAGACAAGAAAGAAAACAGAAGAAAGAAAGGAAAGUUUGAUGAUAUUGAUUGAUUCAAUUCAAUGAUACAAGAAAAGAUUAUGGGCUAUGUAUAUAGUCCUAGACAUAAGGUAACUAUAGAGCUAGUUAUAGGUGUAACUAACUUCUGGUACAAAAUAACAAACAUCCUUAUUAUAGCACUAAAAAUAUCCCACUUGUAUAAAUAAGCUAACAACCUACAAGAGUAAAAGAGAUAAGUCUUCAUAAGCUAUUGUAGUGGUACUCCUUCAUCCUUGAUAGUGUAGCAUCUUCCUUGUUGCAUUGUAGUUCAUUAUACACUACUGUAGUUGGCCGUCUAUUACUUGCUGCCAGUACUCCUAUACUUAACAUCCCCCUCAAACUGGAAUGGGGAGAAACCAUUCCCAGUUUGUUCAGGAGUGUCUUAAAAUAUGGAGAAGGUAGGGUCUUUGUAAGAACAUCUGCUAACUAAUGCUUAGUUGGAAGAUAGGAUAGUUGGAUCAAACCUUCUAACACUUUAUGCCUUGUAAAGUGGCAGUCCACUUCUAUGUGUUUGGUUCUAUCGUGGAACUCUGGAUUUUUUGCUUUAUAUAUAGCAGACUGAUUAUUGUAGUGAAGAAUAAUAGGUUAUAACUUAUCCAAACAUAGUUCCUCUAGGAGUCUAACAAUCCAAGUUAUCCCUACAGCUAUGGAGGCCAUAGCUCUAUAUUCAGAUUCUGAGCUGGACCUAGAAACUGUACCUUGCUUCUUAGAUUUUCAUGAGACAGGAGAAUUGCCAAGCAUAAUAAGGUAGCCUGUGACAGACCUUCUGGAGUCCACACAGGAUCCCCAAUCACUGUCUGAGUAAGCUUGGACAUUGAGCUGAUUAGUUGCCUUAAGGAAAAUUCCUUGCCCACAAGUAUGAUUGACAUAAGAGAGUGUGUACUGUAGGGCUUUCCAAUGGGAGUCUCUAGGUUGUUGCAUAAACUAGCUUAGUGUCUGUACAGCAUAGGACAUAUCUGGUCUGGUAUUGGUCAAGAAAUUGAGCUUCCCCACUAUACUUCUAUAUGGUGUUGGGUAAUCUAAUAGUGUCCCUUCCAAAGCUGAGAGUUUUAAAUGUAUAGGAAAGGGCGUUAAAGAAUGUCUUGAGGUUCUGUCUGUGUAGUGUUCAUUGAUUAAAUCUUUGGUGAAUUUGUUCUGAGAAAGAACUAUUCCUCAAUGUAGAUUGUUGACCUCUAUUCCAAGAGAGUAGUGUAGAUGGCCUAAGUCAUCUUUAAUGCUGAAAACACUAUUAAGAUGUGCCUUUAUGUUACUGAUUUUAGUUGCACUGUUUCCUGUUAAUAUUAUGUCAUCAACAUAGAUGGCCAGGAUUAUUAUGCUUCCUUUUUCGCUUUUGUUAAAUAGUGAGUAGUCAUUUUUUGAUUGAUGAAAAUUUUGAUUUGUAAGUUCAUUCAUCAAUUUUGCAAACCAUUGCCUAGAUGCCUAUUUUAAGCCAUAUAAGGAAUUUCUUAGUUUAUAAACCUUGUUUUUGAUGUUUCCAUAACCUUGAGGCAUUUGCAUAUAUACCUCUUCUUUUAGGUCCCCAUGUAAAUAUGCAAUAUUCACAUCUAGUUGAUACAAAGACCAUCCUUUGUAUGCUGCCAUAGCAAUUAAGCAUCUAAUGGUGGUCAUUUUCACCACUAGUGAAAAUGUCUCAUCAUAAUAAAUUCCAAACUUUUGGUUGUAGCCCUUUGCUACUAAUCUUGCUUUAUACCUUUCCAAGGUCCCAUUUGCUUUAAGAUUUACCUUAAAUACCCAUUUGCAUCCUAUGGCUUUAUUGCCUAUGGGAAGGGUAACUAUAUCCCAUGUUUAAUUCCUUUCUAAGGCAUUAAUUUCUUUAUCCAUGGCAUCCUUCCACAAAGGGUUUGAAAUGGCCUCUUUGAAGUUUCUUGGCUCAUGAUGUUCAAACUUUUUGUAUAACACAUUGUUUAUCUUAAUCUCUUUGUGUUCUACAAGACCACACCAGUGUUUGGUCAUAUUACAGUAAUAAUCAUUUAGGAGUGCUGGUGGCUUGCUCACUUUUUGAGAUUUUCUUUGGUUAGUUCGAAUAUCAGUAGAGUUUAUGACAUUAGAAUGAUUAUUUUCUCUGACUUCUUCCUCCUCAGUAUGAUUUGAGUCUUUUGGAUCAGUGGAGUUGUGAGGAUGAUUUUCCUCAAUUAGAUCAUUAUUUUCAUUCAAUAUUGUUGUGUAGUCAUGCUCAAGGUUAGGAAAUUCAUAUGAAGGGAUGUUAUUACUUGUUGUUUCUGGUUGAGCAGGUAGAAAAAAUGUCUGAUUUCAUUUGAUUGUGCUUGUGAUUGCAUGAGUUGAUAUGGAAAAUUUCUUUUAUGAAAUAUGACAUUUUUUGAUGUGAGUAUAGUUUUGGUUUCUAUGUUGUAAACCUUAUACCCUUUCUUGUUGAUGGAAUAUCCUAAAAAAACCACAUUUUUGUGCUUUCUAAUAGAAUUUGUGUCUCCCUUGCUUGAGUGUGCUAACAUAACAUAGGCACCCAAACACUUUUAAGUGCUCUAAGCUUGGUUUAGAUCCAUGUAAUUUUUCAUAUGGAGUCAUUCCUCGUAGCAUUGUUAGUAGCAUUCUGUUGAUCAAGUGUACUGCACAUUAAAUGCAGUCUCCCCAAACUUGCAUGGGAAGAUUUGAUUGAACAAACAAACAUCUUGUUGUUUCUAAUAUAUGUUUUUGCUUUCUUUCUACAACCCCAUUUUAUUGGGGUGUAUCCGUGCAGCUUGAUUGCUGUUUUAUGCCAUGUGCAAGGUAGAAGUUGAACUCUUCCCCUUUUGUUAACUCCAUUGCAUUAUCUAUUCUAACAGUUUUCACUUUAAGUGAAAAUUGAUUCUCAACAACAUUUACAAAAUUCAUGCAGAUUUUGGGGAACUCAGACUUUUUUCUUACUAAAAAUAUCCAACACAUCCUACUAUAGUCAUCUGAUAUAGUUAUGAACAUUUUACAAUUCAUUCUAGUUAAGUAUCUAAAGGGUCGCCAAAUAUCUAUAUGUAGAAGUUCUAAAGGCUGAUUAGUCUUGCUUGAUGAUGAAGGGUAUACGUUUCUUCUUUGCAUGGCAAGAGGCCAGAUGGUGCAUAUCACCUUAUUCUUGAGAGUUUUAUUCUUCAAAUCAAGCAGAAGGAGUUCUAGCCUUUGCAUAGGCAUGUGCCCUAUUCUUAGGUGCCAUAGCUUUGCCUUGUUUAUUAUACACUAGUGGAAAAAACCUCAUUUGCUGCGGUUUUUUGGCCAUAAUAUGCUGCGGUUUUUUGGCCAUAAUAUGCUGCGGUUUUGGCUGUUAUGCUUGUUCUAUUGUUAUUCUUUGCUAUUGCUGCAAUAUGCUUUCUUGUAUGACGUAGAGUCCAUUUUUCUCUUCACCAAGAAGCCAAGGCUUCUUUAUCAAGGUUUCUUGAAUGAAACAACCAUAAGCAUUGAAAAAUAUUUUGCAAUUCAAGUCCAUUGAUAUUUUGUUUAUGGAAAUCAGGUUAUACUUGAAUUCAGGUAUAAACAGGACAUUAUGCAAGGUUAUGCCAUUUAGAUCUAACACUUAUCUUUGUGCCAUUAGGUAUGGUCACUUCAUCGUUUUCGUUUUCAAUGAGACUAUGGUUAUCAAAUCUACAUAGGUCAUUGCACAUAUGAUCUAUAGCCCCAUUGUCUAAAAUCCAAAGGUUUGUAUUAUAAAAGGCUAAACAAAAAGUACCUGUAAGCUGGCUAGUGUUGGCAUAAAUGUUGCUUGUCUUUGACUCUUGCUUGUUCAACAUAUCCAGGAUUUGUUGAUAUUGUUCUUGUGUAAACUUUGCACUUACCAUUCCAUUAGUCUCUUCUUGAGUAGAUGCUGAAUUAACAUUGCUUUUGUUCUAUCCCUUCUCCAUGAAUUUGAUUUGUGAUUUGCAGGAUGGUUAGCAGGAUAACCAAUGAUUUUCCAGCAUUUCUCUUUGAUAUGCCUACUUAUCUUGCAGUGUUCACACCAAAGAGCUGGUUUCUUGGACUUGUACCCUUCUGUGUUGUAGUUUUUGCUUCCACCUUUGUCUUGAUACUUCCCCUUUUCUACCCUACAAGCCAUGGAAUCGUUCACACUUCCUUCACUAGUACUCAAUUGUAGAUGUGUCUUCUUGCAACAAAAUUCUAUAAGAAUAAGCACCAGUAGGAAAAUAAGGAAUCAUUAGCAUAUUACUCUUGACUUGUUUAUAUUUUUUGUCUAGUUUCAUCAAGAAACUAAUCACUUUAUUGUUUUGUUGCAUCUUGUGGAGAUCUUCUUGAUCACAUCACAUGUGCAAGUAGUUGCUGCUGCCCAUGUAUAGUUUGGUAUGGGAUUCAGCCCAUCAAAUUCAUCCCACAAUGUUUUUUUUUUGUAAAGAACUCAGAUAUGAUCAUUUCUGGUGUCUGCACUAAAGCGUUUAGUUCCUAUUGUAGAGAGAAAAUUUGGGUGCUUGAACUAUGCCCAUAUCUUUCAUUCAAUACAUUCCAUAUAUCUUUAGAGGUCUUGUAGGACAAGAUGCUAUUAGCAAUAGAAUCCUCCAAGACUGCAAUUAUCCUGCCCAUCACUACAUUAUCAACUCUGUCCCAGGCCUUUCUGAAUGAAUUACUCGUUGGUCUGGUGAGACUUCCACCUACAAAAACCAAUUUAUUUCUCCCUGAAAGAGCAAUUGUCAUCACUCUUUUUCAAUUUACAAACCCUCUUCCAGAGAACACUAUAUUUACUAGCUUUUGAUUGCUGUUUGAUGGAUGCAAAAAAUAGAUUGAUGCUGGAUUCAUUGUAGGAUCUAAGUGUCAAGAUGCAUUAUAAUUUGCAUUUACCUUAUUUUCUUUAUUUCUUGAUACUUCUUGAUCUGAGUAUGAACGAUGGGGUGAAUAUGUGAUAAUGUUUUCAAGAUUAUGGUUAGAAGGCUGAUGAUUCUUGAAUGAAUCAAUCAAGAUUCUGAUACCAUGUUAACUUUCAUCCACAAGAUAGACAAGAAAGAAAACGGAAGAGAGAAAGGAAAGUUUAAUGUUAUUGUUUGAUUCAAUUCAAUGAUACAAGAAAAUAUUACAAGCUAUAUAUAUAGGCCUAGAUAGUGAUGGCCACGGAGCGGGUUACCCGGAACCGAACCGGUGCCGAACCGCUUGAAAUCGGCCCGGAACCGUUCGGGACAAGUUCCGUGAAACCACCGGAAAAAACUGCUUGAACCGGACCUAAGAACCGCGGGCCGGUUCACCUGGACCACCGGUUCCUUGGAACCGGAACCGGAACCGGUGAACCGACGGUUCCUUUGAACCGGAACCGGAACCGGAACCGGCCGGGUGAACCGGCCCAGCGGUUCUUUGGAACCGUCCAAAAAGUAGCCGUUAACUAGCUGUUGUGAUUUUUACUAUAAAUACACAUCACUUUCAAUCAUUUUCAUUCACAACUCAUCUCUUCUCCUACUCUCUCUACUUACUCUCUCUACUUAGUUACUUAACUACACAAUUAUUCUCUUAAUUACAUAAUUAAUCUUUUAAUUAUUUCUUAAUUUAGUUAAUUACAUAAUUAGUCUUUUAAUUAGUUAUUUAUUUCUUAAUUGCAUUAUUAUUUCAGUAUUAUCAUGUCUUCAUUUUUGAAAAAAGCCUCAAAAAAAGUUACUAAAGUGGCAAAAUCAUUGGGAGGUGUUAGCUCCAAAAGAAAGGCCACUUCAAUUCCGUCGGUAUUUACAACACCUUCGGUUAGUAAUUAUAAUUAUGAACCAAAUUAUCCAGAAGGGUACGACCAAGAAUUACAAGAUUAUGCAGAAGACAUGGAAAGAGAAAUACAAAUUGAAGAAGAAGAAGAACAAGAAGAGGAACAAACGACCCAUAUUGGGAUACAUAAAUCUCGACAAUCAUCAACGAGAUCACAUGAAGAACAACUAAACAACAACAACAACAAAGACAAGCUCGUGGUAAACGAGUCAAUUUCCAAACUAUCGAUGAAGAUGAACCAGUAAGACAACCUUUUCCGGCAAUGCCACCACCUAGUGGUAGAGCUGUUUCACAUGUGCGGUCGUAUUUUACAAAAGAACCAACCGACAAUCCAGAUUUUUUCUUAUGCACUUGUCAAAUUUGUGAAAGUCAAGGAGUAAAUCCCUUAGUUUCAUACGAUUUCACCAGAGGUGGUGGUACGGGAUCUUUUAACAAACAUUUGGCAAAGAAGCAUGGAAUCACAAAAGAAACUCAUGCAGCAAGUGGUAGCGGGACCACAAGUGGAAGCCGACAGUGGGACAUUCCCAGCGGAGGUAGAAGAUUUUUAGACGAAAAGAGAUCUCGUCUUGCUCCACAUAGUAUUCAAAUAUGUGUUUGCAAGAAAGAUUGGGAUCAAGCGGAGCUUCAAACACAAGGACUCAAGAACGAUAAUGAUCAAGGCGAUGAUGAUCCAUGGAUGAUGAUGGAUACAUCUGCAUCAUUGUCAGGAGGAGAGUCAGCGGAAGCAUCUAACCAACCAGAUGAUGAUGACGAAGUCGAAUAGGAUCAAUCGGACAAUGAUCAAUCAACAUUCAACAACUAUAAAUAAAAGGUAUGACAAAGAACUACAUGGGCUUUGAUUCCUUCGGGAUACGUAGGCUGCUUAAUAUUCCUUCGGUUACUAGGUUCAAGUCCAUUAUCUCCCUCUUUUUUUUAUUAAUCAUCUUUAUCGUUUCUUAUUAAUUUAUUUUUUUCAUUUCUUUAUAGUAAAUAUUUUAAUAACGAUGACAAGCAAUGAAUUUCGCUAAUAAUCAAGUAAUCAUCAAAGGUACGUUCGCAUUAUUAUAGUAUUUUUAUAUUAUAUUUGAAGGAAAAAUAAAAAUGAAACCGAUGGUCCAAUCCGCGAGUUGGAACCGCCUCAUGAACCGCCAAGGAACCGUUUGGAACCGCCCGGAACCGAAUCCGAAACCGGAACAUUCGAAUUAGGUUCCAAAUGGAAUCACAAUCGGGUGGAACUGAAACCGGAUGGAACCAGAACGGAACCGGCCCAACCUGGACCGUGGACAUAAGGGAGCUACAGAGUUAGUUAUAGGUGUAACUAACUUCUGGUACAAAAUACGAACAUCCUUAUUAUGGCACUAAACAUAUCUCACGUGUCUAAAUAAGCUAACAAUCUAUAAGACUAAAAGAGCUAAGUCUUCAUAAGCUACUGUAGUGCUACUCCUUCAUCCUUGAUAGUCUAGUAUCUUCCUUGUCGCAUUGUAGUUCAUAAUACACUGGUGUAGUUGGCCUCUUUUUACCUGCUGUCAUUACUCCUAUACUUAACAAAUAACGGCAACAUGAUUUUUUAGUUGGGUCGGGAAAUUGUUUUCUUUUUAGUGAUAUUGGAAGAUGUGAACAAAUUUAAAUUCUACACGGUGGAUACUCAAGACAUAUGACAUUCAGCAAAAAUAAUUGUCUCUCGCAAACAUUAUUCAACUGAAAAAGUGUUGCAUUUAAAGGUGGUUAAAAAAAGUGAUUCAUUCAAAUUCAGGGGUAAGAUCGGGCGAACAAUUUUCAACACUAUUUAAAUAUAUAUUUUACAAUUAGAUGCUUUUCUUCAUCUGGAUGCAAAUUUGUGAAAAGACAAACAUGAGAACUUGUCUUAUGUGGAAAAAUGUGAAACUUAAUGUUUUAUCAAUAGUUAAAUAAUCUUUCAAUUAGCAAUAUCGAUUUAUGGCAUAAGAACAUGCUUGGCCACUCUGAUAUCUCCUUGUAAAUAUAAAUUUUUCUAAAAGGAUUAUGUACGUUCUUUCGUUUCAACUUGUAAAAUUUAAAAUGCAAAAUUAUGUGACAUGUGCUAGAGGUAUGCAAUCAAGAUUAUAAUUCAGAAGAUUUCACACCACCUAAAAAUGUGGCAAGAGGUAAAUCUUGCCACACUUUUAACUGUUUAAGUUAAGAAUUAGUUACAAUUAUUAAGAACAAGGGGAGAUUGAUGAAAAUGUAAAUCAUCGAAUACAAAGGGGAUGACUUAAUUGGAGAAUGAUAAUUGAGCUAGAGAUCGUAAGGUUCCAAUUAGACUAAAACGCAAAUUUUAUCGGGUUGCAAUCAAACAUGCGUUGUUGUAUCGGUAGGAAUGCUGCCCCGUUAAGAAGUCUUACAAGCAGAAAAUGAAAGUAAAAUGCGAAUGCUUGGAUGGAUGUGCGGCCACACAAGAUUAGAUAGGAUAAGGAACAAGGAGUUUAGAGAGAAAUUAGGGGUUGCCUCAUUAGUUGCGAAAAUGCGCAAAAAUAGAUUGAGAUGAUUUAGUCAUGUGCAAAAAAGGACUCUCAAUGCUCCCGUGAGAAGGAUAAAAAACAUCACAGUAGAAGGCAAAAGAGGUUGAGGUAGACCCAAGAAAAUAUUGAAGAAGCAAAUUAAAAUUAACUUGCGCGACUUACAUUUCUAUAAAAACCUCACUAAUGAUAAGAGUAGUUGGAAACAUCAAAUACAUGGUUGAGACUUUUGACUGACCCUAUUCACUUCACCUCUUUGACAUUGUUCUAGUUUUUCCGGAAGUUGUUCUUUUUCUUUUUUUUUUUUACAUUAUAAAUUUUCUUAUACAAAUGGUCAGAAUCAAGUUUUGCUUGUGGUGUGUCAAUUGGCUGGUUGUUGUUCAAUUCCUAGCUAGUCGGAGACUCUACUCGCAUUUUCGAAAUGCUCUCUAUUUUUGGGGUAACGAUUUACUUGUUACAAUGGUAUGUUACAAAGCAUAGUGAAUAUUUGCUAACAAAUUUAUGGAAAGGCAAAAAGAGAAGCUUCAUUCUCACAUAUAAGCAUUGAUAUUAUCAUUUUCAAACUAUAAGCAAGCAAUCUCUUUUUUAAGAUUCGUUAUAAUAUGUUUUCGUGUAGCAUAUUCCAUAUAAGACAAUAUGAUUAUAACAAAUAAAAUGAAAAAUCAAAAUUGUUAGAUCAAACCCUUACAUUUAUACUUAUGGAAAAUAUUAAUUAUUAGUAGCAUUAUUCUUUCUUAAUUACUUUUCCAUAGCAAAAUAAAAAUAUAAUGCACAAGGAUUUGACAAGCUCGGUGUUCUUUUGGUAAAUCAUAGUUAUUUGGAAGUGUGGUAAAUCACCACUAUGUUACACAUUUUUAUACAGUGAUUUUUGGUGUUUUGUUUUUUUUUUUUUUUUUUUUUUUUCUUGUUUUAUUUAUUUUAUUAUUAUGUUUUUUUAAUUUUUUGUGAUAAUUUGUAAAUUACUAUCAUCGAUUUGAAUUUUCU